CUCCCAUGUCCCGUGAUUAUUGGGCCUUUAUAGAUGUAGCCCCCCCUUUUUAUAAAAAAAAAAACUUCAUUUUUUUGUGUAUUGGAGUUUUGUCUGCCCAUAUCAGUGUUCCGCAUGCGUGAGUUACAAACAGUUGUGAGCCACCAUGUGGGUACUGGGAACCGAACUGGAAGAGUAGUCAGUGCUCCUAACCACUGAGCCGUCUCUUCAGCCCCAUAGAUUGUAGUUCUUGCUUUUGGAGCAGAGAUCAGAAAGAAUCCCAGAGAUGAAGACUGGAUUGGGGUAAUAAACUUGGGGUGAGUCCCUCUGGAGUGAGCUGGCUCCAUUGGCGCAUUAGCCUAGGGAGGAAGUACUGUAUCAAAGGAAGGCUAGCGGGCUUUGGGGCCCUCCCUGACAGGGGCGAGGCUAAGGCGUUAGCUAGGACACUGCCUUAAAGAAGUCCAACGACAAAUUAAGAUUUACAACCAAGUCCUAAAAUUUCUUUAAAUUAUGUCUCAUGUCUCACAUCGUUUGAAGCAGGAACCCUGGUAAGGUUAGCUGUCAGUGGCUCCCCAGGCGGGGGCUGGCACGGCUCAGCCUGUGUCACCCACCAGCUCUGACCAAACCACCGUUGUAGCUGCUGGGGACCAAGGGCGAGCGUCGGGGAAAGCCCGGUCUCGGGUGUCCCCGCCCACAGGGGCGCGGCCGCGCAGCACACUCAUUGGUGCUCGGGAAGGUGACGCGCAUCACUGGCCGUGGCCGCGGGGCCCGCGGAGGGCGGCGCGCGGCUGAUGAAACCGGCUCGGAUCCCUCCCGCGCGCGCCAUCCCCUCCGCCAGCAGGUGUGAGCGUUUCUUUACCCUCGAUUCCUACCCAGCUCAGCAUCCCGUCGCCUCCUCGAAGCUUGGAACUACCACAGGCUCCACUGUGACCCCUCGUCCCCAGGCUCCAGUCAUCCGCAGUGAGAAGGUCCACGAGUCCUGCCCCAGGUUUGCUCAGCACAAUGGAUUGCAAAAACCUGCUCGGCCUGGGCCAGCAGAUGCUGCGUCGGAAGGUGGUGGACUGCAGUCGGGAGGAGAGCCGCCUGUCCCGCUGCCUCAACACCUUUGACCUGGUAGCUCUUGGGGUGGGCAGCACCUUGGGUGCUGGUGUCUACGUCCUGGCUGGUGCAGUGGCCCGUGAGAAUGCUGGUCCCGCCAUCGUCAUCUCCUUCCUGAUCGCUGCCCUGGCCUCGGUGCUGGCUGGCCUGUGCUACGGCGAAUUUGGUGCCCGCGUCCCCAAGACAGGCUCAGCCUACCUCUACAGCUAUGUGACGGUGGGGGAGCUCUGGGCCUUCAUCACCGGCUGGAACCUGAUCCUCUCGUACAUCAUUGGUACUUCAAGUGUGGCGAGAGCCUGGAGCGCGACGUUCGACGAGCUCAUAGGCAAACCCAUCGGACAGUUCUCACGAAAUCACAUGGCCCUGAAUGCCCCCGGGGUGCUGGCCGAAAACCCUGACAUACUAGCUGUGAUUAUAAUCCUCAUCUUAACAGGCUUGUUAACUCUUGGUGUCAAAGAGUCAGCCAUGGUCAACAAAGUGUUCACCUGCAUUAACGUCUUGGUCCUGUGCUUCAUCAUGGUGUCGGGAUUCGUCAAAGGCUCCGUUAAAAACUGGCAGCUCAAGGAGGAAGACUUCUGGAAUAGAUCCAGCCCUCUCUGUGGGAACAAUGACACAAACGUGAAACAUGGAGAGGGAGGGUUCAUGCCCUUUGGAUUCUCUGGCGUCCUGUCAGGGGCAGCGACAUGCUUCUAUGCCUUCGUGGGCUUCGACUGCAUUGCCACCACAGGCGAAGAAGUCAAGAACCCCCAGAAGGCCAUUCCCGUGGGCAUCGUGGCGUCGCUCCUCAUUUGCUUCGUAGCUUACUUCGGGGUGUCCGCAGCCCUCACGCUCAUGAUGCCUUACUGCUGCCUGGACACCGACAGCCCACUGCCUGGUGCCUUCAAGUACAGUGGCUGGGAAGGGGCUAAGUACGCAGUGGCCGUCGGCUCCCUUUGCGCACUGUCUGCCAGUCUCCUAGGCUCCAUGUUUCCCAUGCCCCGAGUUAUCUACGCUAUGGCUGAGGAUGGAUUACUGUUUAAAUAUUUGGCCAGAGUCAACGAGAGGACCAAGACACCAGUGAUUGCUACACUGACCUCCGGCGCCAUUGCUGCUGUGAUGGCCUUCCUCUUUGAAUUAAAGGACCUGGUAGACCUCAUGUCCAUUGGCACUCUCCUGGCCUAUUCUCUGGUGGCAGCCUGUGUGCUGGUCUUAAGGUACCAACCAGAACAACCUAACCUGGUAUACCAGAUGGCCAGAACCACCGAUGAGUUAGAUCAAGUAGACCAGAAUGAGGUCAGUGCCAGUGACUCGCAGACGGGCUUUUUACCAGUAGCCGAGAAGUUUUCUCUGAAAACCGUCCUCUCACCCAAGAAUAUGGAGCCAUCCAAAUUCUCAGGGCUAAUUGUGAAUGUUUCAGCCAGUCUCCUAGCCGUUCUUAUCGUCAUUGUGUGCAUUGUGGCCGUGCUUGCGAGAGAGGCCCUGGCUGAAGGGACGCUUUGGGCAGUCUUUGUGAUGACAGGGUCAGUCCUCCUCUGCAUGCUCGUGACAGGCAUCAUCUGGAGACAGCCUGAGAGCAAAACCAAGCUCUCAUUUAAGGUACCCUUUGUCCCCAUACUUCCCGUCUUGAGCAUCUUCGUGAACGUCUAUCUCAUGAUGCAGCUGGAUCAGGGCACCUGGGUCCGGUUCGCAGUGUGGAUGCUGCUAGGCUUCAGCAUCUACUUCGGUUAUGGGCUGUGGCACAGCGAGGAGGCGAACCUGGCUGCUGGCCCAGCAAGGACUCCUGACAGCAACUUGAACCAGUGCAAAUGACGCGAAGCCCCACCCCCCAAGGUGGCAGCGGUUGAGGGGUGCCCCUAGAGGCCUGGGACCUCACACUCCCUCCACCCAUGCCGUAGGAUCCGUCCACAUCCCCGGUGUCACCAAAGGUGCUGUGAGCUGGACUGCAGCCUCAGCCACAGCUGACAUAACCCGGCCAGACAGCCCUGCAGCCAGCUCCCGAGGUCCUGGUCACUUCCCGACAGCUCCUUGGUCUCAUAUCCCCAUGAACAAAGAAAGCAACCUUCCUCCCUGCCAGCUGGGCACUCUUUGCUGCUGCAGCCCUCAGCAGAAGCAAGGCCCCCUUCUCUUCCUUGGAAAGCAGGCCUCCCUCCCCGGGACCACGCUGGUAUUGUUCAUGUGCACACUCCCAAUCCUUAGAGCGUCUCUCUGUCAGCCCAGUCAGGACAGCCUACCCACCACAAGAUCCAAGACUAACACUAUGAGAUGGCAUGUCCCCAGCAAUGCUGCCCAACGGCCAAUCAACUGCCGAGUACCUAAAGAGAAGGAACUGACUCUCAUUUUAACUGCUUCCAGGCUGGAGUGAUAGGUCGGAGCCUCAGUCUACACAUCUUUUCCCAGCCUCUGACAGGUGACAGACCCCAGAAUGGUAAAGGCCGUUCAUCUUAAGCACAGAAGGCAGAAGACCCCCUAGAGGGAUCAGUGGUGUCAAGGUGGGAAGGCUGGCUCUGCCUGCAAGGACUAGGGGACAUUCUCUAGUUCAGUUCCUGGCUGGCUCUUGGCAUCUGUCCUCACUGUCCGGAGUUACUGGAACAUGAGGUCUUAGCAGGAUUGAGUCAGGCUCUCAGGUCGCUUAAGGUUCUUCAGACAGGUGGUAGCUCAAUGUGGGGUUGUGACGCUUUUUCUGGCCACUGACGUGAUCCGUGUGGCCUCUUACAUCGAAGGAGGGCAGUGACUCACCCCGCCAGAUUAAGUUGGGGCUUAAUGUUAACUUGGAAAACAGCCAGAUAAUUGCCAAGUGCCAUCAGCUUGUGGCUCAAGGCAUGUGGUCUGCACAUGACAUUGGUAUUCUUCUUGUAUUCUCUGUCUUUCAAGCGCUGUGGUAGCUUUGCCUGCUGGUGGUGAGAUUUCCACCCAGGCCUGGACCUUAUGCUUCCUGUGUAUGCCUGCAUUUCCCCUCCCCCACACCCUCAGCUCUCUGGGUGGGGCAUCAGGGACUCUGUGUAGACAAACCAAGGAUGGCGAAAAUGCGGGGGAUUCUCAUUUCAGAGCCAUUCAGAGCCAGUCCCCCACCCCAUGUUGAAGUGGGGAAGGCCAGUGUCUUAUACUAAUGUAAAUGAUGUUUUUGAAGCCUAGCUUUCUUUCCUACCUAUCUGGCCUUUGAAACGAGUUUGGUGGAAACAGACUGGGUAUACCGAUGUCUUCCCGGUGCUCUAAAAGGUUCUUGGAAACACAGGAUAGCAUGCAGUCCACUUGCUGCAGGCCAUAGGUAUAGCACUUGCCUAGCAUAUGCAGGGCCUCAGCUUCUGUCCCCAGGACUCCAGAAAAGUAGGGAGGGCAGCUGGGCGGCCAAUCCAGGCCCUGGCCACCUUCCGGGUGCUUUGCCUCACAGGCUGUCUGAGAAUAUUUCAAAGGGAGUAUUGUAAGACCCUAAAGGUUGAGUUUCCAAAGAUAGGUAUUUAAAUUUAUGUAGAUUGGUGCUGUAAAAUAUUUUUGAUAAAUAUUAACUUAUUUUGUUCAGGUCUUGAUUAUCUGUUGUCUUCUUAGGGCCUGUUUAGUAUCUGUCUGAUUUUUUUUUUUCCCUUGUUAUUUUUCUACAUAAACAAAGAUGAAGAGAGUGCCCAGUGAGGUAUCGGGAGAAAUUUUUUUAACCUUAGUUUCUUUCUUUUAGUUUCCUUUUGGGGAUAAGGUUUCACUCUGUAGCUGGCCUAGACUUAAGUAUUGUAGCCCAGGCUAGCCUCUGCCUCAGGCUCCUGAUGCUAAGAUUAGAGGUGUAAGCCACCACUCCUGCUUACCUGUCACUGCUUUCUGAGUGAAACCUUCCUGUCUAAAGCAGUGUAACCGCGUGUUUACAAUGACAUUUCAGCCUGCAGCCUGUUACAUACCAAACAGGAAGGUGUGGUGAGGGAUUCGAUCCGCCACCAUCUCUCCUGAGGACCUUACUAAUGGUGGCAGAUCUGCCCUCCAUGUCUCACUGUGUGACACAGAAGCACACACUGGCCCCAGUUGUGGGCAGUAUCCUGUACCCGCUUCUUCGUCAGAAAAAGAUGCUCAAGGGUGGCUUGCAUAGUAAGUUGAUUGGCCAGUGUGCUUUUCCCAAGAGUGGGUGGUUGCCAGGGGAGCUGUUUUGGGAGGGAAGCCCAGGAGCCUCGGCACACAGAGCGGUCCCUGGAGGGAGCCUCGGCACACAGAGCGGUCCCUGGAGGGAGCCUCGGCACACAGAGCGGUCCCUGGAGGGAGCCUCGGCACACAGAGCGGUCCCUGGAGGGCGCCUCGGCACACAGAGCGGUCCCUGGAGGGAGCCUAGCGGUCCCUGGAGGGCGCCUCGGCACACAGAGCGGUCCCUGGAGGGAGCCUAGCGGUCCCUGGAGGGAGCCUCGGCACACAGAGCGGUCCCUGGAGGGAGCCUCGGCACACAGAGCGGUCCCCGGAGGGAGCCUCGGCACACAGAGCGGUCCCUGGAGGGAGCCUCGGCACACAGAGCGGUCCCUGGAGGGAGCCUCGGCACACAGAGCGGUCCCUGGAGGGAGCCUCGGCACACAGAGCGGUCCCUGGAGGGCGCCUCGGCACACAGAGCGGUCCCUGGAGGGCGCCUCCCCUACACUUCUUGUCACACUACAGUUCCUUUCUCCUGAAAGAAAAAUGCGCAAGCCAAAAACAAAAAACAAAACACGCUGACGACAAUCCCUCAAAACCAGGUGGUAUCCGUCUCUUAGCCCCCUACCCACGGAAAGGUCCCACUCUGUUGCCCGGCUUGGCCAGUAUUUCCUACCUAGUUGGGACUUCGACAUUCUAGAAACAUAUCCCCACCUAGAGUAUUCACAUUGGAAAGACCCAUUUUUCCAUAAGUUUGUGCCCUUCCUGUCUCUGGGUCUAAGCUCAUAAAGAAGCCGGUACCCAAGGAACUCUGCUUAGAAGUGGGGUACAAGAUGUCUCUCUGAUGGAGGAGGGGGAUGUUUUUUAUGGAGACACAGGGCCCUCUGUAUAUGUGUGGAAGAAUGAUAUGCACCCAUGCCCAUACCCCAUCCCUGCCCGCACCCUACAGCCAGGCCGUUGUGGGUUUACGUUGCAAACAAAGAAAAAGUCGAGUCCUGUCCAGGACAUUUCUCUGGAAGAUUGCUGGGCCUAUCCUGUUCUCGGGUGCUCACAGCUGGGUUACAGUGGCAUCAUCUCAUACCUCCAUCCGACAGCCAUCCAGUCCCCUGAGCUGAUGAGCUGGUUUGGACACCAUGUCUUGGUGGCCAGAAGUGACUAAAGGACUGUGGGGGACUUUAGGCUUCUCCACCUGCCCUUAGUGGUCAAGGGUUGGAUACACUCCCUCCUGCACAUUUGGCUCAGCCGGUGUGAGCUCACCAAGGGAAUAUGUAAUCCACUCCGCCCUGUCUACUGCCUGCUGCUUUUCGUGCAUAGUGUUGGGAAAUUCGUGAAUAUGUUUGUACCUACCCCUUCCCCCAGGCAGACCUGAAUUGGCUAGCGUUUACAGUCCCCUCUAACGAGGAACUCAUCUAACACAGGAUGAAGCUUGGAAGCAGCAGUGUGAGAAACUGGGUUCCUAGGAUAAGUGCAGACAUGCCCCGCAGGCCCACCCAUACCUGUCGGCAAAGUCACGGGCACUGCUGGUCUGUGUACCUACCUACAAUGCAAAUAUUCAUGCCUGGCUCUCACCAGGGCCCAUCCUUUCUGACUUGAAUGCCUUAUGUCCCCACAGAUACUUAAAUCUUUUUACUCAAAGCCAACUGUUCGGUUAGCAUCCAAGCACUAAGGAAUCUUAGUGGGGAUCGAAGUACCUGGGUGCCCAUCCCUUGAGGUGUUGGUGGUGGGAGAAGGAAGUUUGAGUCCACAUCUGGCUGAGCUCCUAGUGAAGGGAGUCUCUGGCCGGAGAAUACAUGAUACAUGGGAACUGUUACGGAAUUAAAAUUUGGAGUUGAAUGUAUGUUAUGUACACUUAUUUUACGUAGUUUGAACCUUAUGUUUGCUAUCGUAAUGAGAAGAUUGUACAUAAGGCUCCUUGGAGGAGAGCAAGCUGUCCAACUUGCCACACUUCUGAGGCCAACUUGGUUGUGAUGGAUUUUUAUUUUUUUAAAGGCAAAAAAAUUUUACCAACUGGGUUUUACCUCCCUCACUCGAAUCCAGUCUUUCUGUACCCACUGCUCCAUUUGAGCUGGGGAAUAUGGUGUGGCCGAUGGUUUGGGGACAUAGUGACCAAGGGGGGGCCCUCCUGGACCAUUCUGUUACAUGUCUGAAUGGCUGGCUAAAACGCCCGGGGGAGAUGGAAGAUCAUAUCCAGACAUAUUCUCAGGGUGCUGGCAUGCCCAGCGGGGCCAGGAAGCAAGGUUUAGGAAGACAUAUAUGGACUAAUUAUUGACAAGGGUUACUUUUGUGUUCCUUGCCAAGCUUUUUGAGUUUGGGACUUAUUUUCCCAUUUGAGAAGUUAUAAUAUAUAUAUAUAUAUGUAUUUAAGAUAUUUCCUGCUUCGUUUGUGCCUUGCAGCUUCGAAGGGUAAAGGAUCACAAAGGGUCAUGAUACCGAUGAGGGUUGGUUUAUUAUCAAACCUGAAUAGUUGUGGUUUCUCCAGGACAAUUUUUUUUCCUUCUACUGAACAUGGAGCCAUUAUUAAAAGUUAUGUGUGGUUUUUCAUUAUGUAAAUUGUAUAUAUAUUUUUUUGCUUGUUUGAGGUUCUAUUUUUCUAAUGGUCUUCUUGCAGUUUCUUAUAACGGUAACGUUAGAUUAAGACUGAUGCUAACUGUAAAUCAAGCUGGUCUCUGCUGGAUUCCCGUGCUUUAAUUCUCUUUUAUUUUAAGGCCAAGUGCAGGUGUCAUCCAUGACCUUUUUUAAGAAUGUGAAACUUACGUUUCCCCUCGUUGCUGAAGACAUUGUACACUGCUCCCCUCCCUCCCGUAAAUCCAUGCUGUAAAAUCAAAGCUACUGUGUGGUACCUUCUCAAGCUUUUGCAGAUGCUAAUAAAUCCUGUCUGGC